AGCCUAGUUAGUUUGGUUUUUUUUGAAGGAUAACCUAACUUUUAUUAAUUGAACCACAUAUAAGUCUUAUAUUAUUUAUUAAAAACAUGAUUACUUAUGAAUUAUGCUUGUUAUUAAGAGUUAUGCCAAAAAAAGAAUUGGCUGCAACUUUAAAGCGCACUGCAACUGCAAUAUUUGAUAAAUCUGGUUUCAUAAGGAAAAUUGAAAACCUUGGUACAAGGGAUAUGCCAUACAAGACUAGCUCUCAUGGAGUUGUAUAUAACAAGGCCAGUUAUUUCUUAAUUGAAAUGAAUGUACCUCCAUCAACAGUUGAAGAAUUGAAAGAAGAGUACUCAAGAGAUGUUGAUAUUAUCAGGAGAAGAGUGUACAAGAAAAUUCCACCAUCAGAGGCUGAAUGCACUUUACAUGAAGAAAUGUUACCAGCACCUUACCGUAAGGAUGUGCAAGAGCUCAUAGCAUCAUCAAAGAAACUGCAAAAACCAAGAUUUAGUUACAACAGUGGUUUGGAUUACUAUCCAUUCCAAAAAUAAAUACACCUUUUAGAAAACUGUAGUUAUUAAAUUUAAUUAGGAAAAUAAAUUAAAUACAAAAUUGUGUACCCCAUUCAUAUUACAUCUACCAUAUAAUGCAGAUCAAACACCAA